GCCGUAGUUCAAGAUGGAGACGAAGCGAUUCGGUGGCUCCACUGGUAGCUAGCUAGCUGUUUACAACAAAAUAUUUCACAAUAUGGCUAAAACGACGGGCUGUUGUACAGAUUAACCCUCGCACUUAAAGAUAUUACCCAACCGGAAACGUGCAUUUGUCAGCUUUUGACCACGAUGAAGCGAGGUUGCGUGUAAACACGGGGCACCUGAAGAAUUAUUCAAGAUAAAGGAGAAAACUGUCAAUGAUCAGCAUCUCAAACUCGUUUUGAGAUCGACAUGGCGCUUAGAGAGUUAAAAGUUUGUCUCUUGGGGGAUACUGGAGUUGGAAAGUCUAGUAUUGUUUGGAGAUUUGUGGAGGACAGCUUUGACCCAAACAUCAAUCCAACAAUUGGGGCGUCCUUCAUGACCAAGACGGUGCAAUACCAAAAUGAGCUGCACAAGUUCCUAAUCUGGGACACAGCAGGACAGGAGCGGUUUCGUGCUCUGGCACCGAUGUACUACAGAGGCUCAGCGGCAGCCAUCAUUGUUUAUGACAUCACAAAGGAGGAGUCUUUCCAAACACUGAAGAACUGGGUGAGAGAGCUACGCCAGCACGGCCCUCCUAAUAUAGUGGUCGCCAUCGCCGGCAACAAAUGUGACUUGUCAGACGCCAGGGAAGUGCCAGAAAAGGAUGCCAAGGACUAUGCCGACUCCAUCCAUGCCAUCUUUGUAGAAACCAGUGCCAAGAAUGCCAUUAACAUCAACGAGGUGUUUAUAGAGAUAAGUAAACGCAUCCCAGUUGUAGACACAGCCGGAGGAAGUUCAGGGAAGAGUUUCAAACUGGGAAGGCAGGCGUCAGAGUCUCGCAGGACGUGCUGCUGAUGACACCAGUGAAUAGUGUCUCCACUCGACCUGUGACCUGACCUUUGCGUACCCCUUUCGGUUUAAAACCACCACACACCCUCCCACCACCAACAUCCGGGCUCAGCAGGGCCAUUAUGACUUUCAUAGCAAAUACAUUUUUAUAAACACUCAGCAACGAUAGGUGUUAUCCUCAUAUUUGCCAUCAGGAAACACACUUCAGGUGUGCUGAAAUACUCAGUGAAAACCCCCAUAUGUGCAAUCUUCCUGGCUUCUGUAAUGGACGCCAGCCCCUGUCUGGCAAAUUAUAUGCUGAGACUGAUCAGAGGAGCUUUGCAGCUACAGAUUGGUGGAUUCAGAAGUCAUUUGUACUUGUAAAUGUGUACAAAUCUACUACUUUCAACCAAAACAAAAACAAAACAAUGAAGUGGUUAAAUGUCACCUAAUUAUUUUGAUAGGACUUAAGUUAUUGCCUUUUUUUUUAUGAGAUCUCUCUCUGGACAUUCAUCAUGAAGGAUCCAUCUUUACAGGUAAUGUGUCUGCUCACCAACUUAUAGAAGAUUUUUGAAGGAAGACGUUAAUGUUAGUAGUGCUAAUAAAAAGCCUGUCUCUCUAUAAUGUAUCGCGGUGUAGGCUGUUUCCCGGUGCAUUCAUGAAGGAUUGUGCACUUUAAAGUCCUAUUGUGUGAUUGUUGUUUCGUUUAAGGCAAAAUAUUGCAGUCACAAAGUUAAAUAUGCAGAAAUAUAAGGUGUGUGGGAUCGUUUCUUCUUCUUUUAUUUUUUAUCGUUUGAAGAAAACAUUUUGUGAAAUGCUCUUAUUUGAUUUGAUACCAAACUUAUGUGUGGGGUAUAUUCAUCUCUGGAGCCGGGAGACAGUUCGCUUACAAUUAUUCAGUCUUCUCAUGCGAGUCUGCCAAAAAGCAAUUAGACAUUUAAUUUCCUUAAAUAGCAAACUUUGUUAUUGUUCUGUCUUUGGCCUGUAAGGCUGUUUUGAUUGCCACUUGAGAAUGAUAACAAAUUGUUGUCGAGUAUAUUCUCUGUGAUCAGCAGAACCUCACAGUCAACAUCUCCCAAUGCUUUAAUCAGAGCUUUAAAAUAGUCACUGUUGAUUAUUAAAUGAUAACAGCUCCAGUUGCUCACAUCUGUUCCACAUCUCCUCUAUUAAUCACUGAAGAGGUACCAACACAAUCCCGUGUGAAGUUCCCCACAGCGCACAUGGCAUCGAGCUUCUAACCCUUAUUUCAACCGUUCACCGUCUUUUGCUGCUACUUCACAUCAGUUUAAUAGGGGGGGCUGCUUUUUGUGAGGUCUUGCCAAAUUCUUUAAUUGUCCCAUAAAGAUUUUUCUUCUCUUGUGUUUUUUUUUUUUUUUUUUUUUCUUUAACACGCAAUCAACCCCCGGCUCACGCAUUCUGUGUUGUUUUACUACUUGGCUUGUGAUGAAAACAAGAGUUCUGGAAACCUCAUUCAGAGGAAACUCAUAUUUUACAGCUCAGAUCUCCCGUUAGCACGAGGCGGAAAGUCAGACGUUGAACUGUGUCGACACGCCGACCCCUUAUUGAACCUUGAUGUCCGCUCUGAUCUGGAUUAAUGCAGGCGCUUUCUUCCAGAAUCUGCCUUCUGAUGUUCUUCAGCUUUUUCUGUCUCAUUCCUCUGAAUUCCUGCAAGGUGAUCUUUUAACUGUGGCUCAGUGUACAACAGCUAUUCACAGAGCCGUGACCCUGAGGCUGUGUUGCAGGCAUUGAACUUAGGUAGCAGUAAUUAUAUCCCAAUUUGACGUAUCUAAACAUGAGUUUUGUUCUUUUCUUUUCAGCACAAACAACUGUUUGCCUUUACACAUCUUAACUGUAUUUGUGGUUUUUCGAUGCAUUGUGUACUAAGUAUUGUUGCCUGGUUUUCAUUUUUUAUGAGGAGUGCAAUAGUUUGUAGUAUGACCAAUUCAAAAUGUGACCUAAUCCAAGGAGAGUGACACUUGCACAAAAAUCUAAUUCCCUCAGAUUCUAGCUGAUGAUGCCAAUAAGUUUAUAUUGAUCUCAUUUCAUACUUAUUUGAGAGCAUUUAAAAAAACAAAAAAAAACAAAGGCAACUUUUGUUGUAUGAGCUUGCCAGAAAACUGAAACAAAUCCAAGUGUCUUCUUCAAUUCUGAUUGGUUGGUUUGUUUAUAUCCGAAGCAUCUGUGGGUGGUGCACACUUGAAAUUCAAAUGAGUCCGCUGCGAGUUUACUUGAUAUACUUCCAUGGUCCUGCACUAGUCGGCGCGUGCGCUAUAUAUUGAAGAAUCUCAGCCAUCUAAGUCAUGGUAUAUCCAAAAAAAUCAAGCUAAUGCAAAGGCAACUGGACUUAUUUAACAGACGCCAGUCGUGUGGGAUCUACGUGCUCACCACCAACAGAUGUUUCAAAUAUGUCUCUUGGAGACUGAAGGACAAAAUACUUGAAUGUUAAAAAUCGAUUGGCUGUUUUUGAUAAUUCAUUCAGCACUACAUGUUAAUGCCAACUACUAUUUAUCAAAGCUUCAGCAGUUUCUUAAGAAAAAAAGGGAAUUUACACCAGUUCUUUGAAAGUCACACUUUGACUUUCAAAGUGUCCCAUAUUACGAACACUCUGCCUCCAGUCUGUUACUAUCUCUGUGAAAUCACUUGAUCAAAUAAUCCUCAGACUUCUUAACGUUAUUUUAGGUCAAGAGCUAUUUGCUCAGUUCUUAUUGCUUUGAAGAACGUGGUGCCCAAUUAGGUCAAAACUAUCCAACCACACCACACAUAAUUAAUCAUUUUAUAUUGUUGAUGUGAUAUAACGAUUUAAGUGCUAACCACAUAAUUGCUUUAAAAAAAUGAAGGUUCAUUUUGACAUUGUACUUAAUUUGGAAACAUGAGGCAUGGAUAGAAUAUAUGUGCCAGUAGUUUUGCAUUGAAAGAUAACAGUAGUCUUGGGCUGGCCCUGGGAAUGUGAUUGAUCUAUGUUAUGUAUCUUUUACAGUGUAAAAUAUAAAUAAACCAUCGAAUUGCACACAAAAUCAAUUACAUUAUAUUCUGAGCAAGUUGUGUGAACACAAUAUAUCUGUGCGCCAUUUGCAGUAAAUCCAUUAGCGAUGUAGUUACCAUAUUUAGCUUUUUACUAUGUUUCAUAUUGAUUGUAACAAAAUGCCUGAAAACACUUGUUUGUAGUGGAAUUCAAAACGUGUAAAAAGGGAACUGUCAGUUGUUUACUAAUAAAAGAUUGGCAAAAAUGUUAUUUUCUCAUUAUGACGUA